AUGGUGCAGUUGCUUCUCUCGAAGCCGAACUCGAGUGGGGAUUGUGACGGAGAUAAUGAAUUGGGGGAGAGAUGGGUCUCUGUCUUGAACCAGUUAGGAAACUCUAUUCGAAUAUCUGAGUGGUUUUCCAACUUUGCUAAUGGAGCUGGAUUAGAGCACAAAAAGGGCGCCAAGGCGUUGUUUCAGUUUGCAUUUGUGAACCGCGACAUCUGUUGGGAGGAGCUUGAGUGGAGAGGGAAGCAUGGACAAUCGCCUGCUGUAGUAGCAACGAAGCCACAUUACCUUCUCGAUCUAGAUGUACAUCAAACAGUAGAGAAUUUCAUCAAACACGUCCCUGAAUUCUGGUCAUCCACUGAAUUCCAAGAGUCACUCAAAGAUGGCGAGAUUAUAGAAAUCGAUCGGAAGUACUUUCUUGACUUCUUUGUCAGAUUGAUGUUCAAGGAUGAUUCAAAAGAGGUGUGGGAUCUUGUAAAUGAGUUUCUCAUGGAGGAGCCUUUCUCUUCUCUUCUCUGUGUCACCAUCUCCUUAUAG